ACAGGUCUCGGAGCUGAGAGCUCAUGAAGCGGUGGAAGGGGGAAAGAACGAUGACGCACGGACGCGUCUGAACAACGUGUCGAAAGCUGUUCGUUAAGUGCCAUGUAGCAAGUUGCAACUCCCUCCUUUGCUGUUUUUGCUGAAAUCCUCUUUCUGCUCCGUGUCGCACACCUUCGAGAAGCGCAGCGAUAGCCUCUAGGCAACCCUCGUUCAAAUCCUGCUAGUACAAGGCGCGUCAACCGGUUUUGGUCGCAGCAAUGAUGAACAUCUUUCGUAUCUUGGGCGACUUGUCGCAUCUGUUCUCCGUCCUGAUUCUGCUGCACAAGAUGAAGACAUCCAGCAGCGCAUCAGGCAUCUCGUUCAAGUCGCAAUUCCUCUAUCUCGUCGUAUACGUUACUCGAUACCUUGACCUUCUUUGGACAGACCCCUUCAGGAGCUUGUGGAACACUACUUUCAAACUCGUCUUCAUUGGAACUUCGGCCUACAUCAUUUACCUGAUGCUCAACGACUACAAGCCCACCCACGAUCCCAACCUCGAUACCUUCAGAGUUCAAUACUUGGUCGCAGGAAGUGCCGUGCUGGGCAUCCUCUUCCCUUACAAAUACGAGCCUGCCGAGAUGCUUUGGGCCUUCUCCAUCUGGUUGGAAGCCGUCGCCAUUCUCCCUCAGUUGUUCAUGCUUCAGAGGACCGGCGAGGCAGAGACCAUUACCACCCACUAUCUUUUCGCACUGGGUGCCUACAGAGCCCUCUACAUUCCUAAUUGGAUCUACCGCUAUGCGACCGAGCGCCACUUCGAGCCCAUCUCUGUCAUCGCAGGUCUUGUUCAGACCGUUCUGUAUUCUGAUUUCUUCUACAUCUAUUACACAAAGGUCUUCCAAGGCAAGAAGUUCAACUUGCCCGUGUAGACGGCCAAAUACAGGCUUCUUUGUAUGAGUUGAAUUUACGGCUUUCUUGUUUUCGAUAUCCACAUGCAUGGGCUGGCGCUUGUGAUGAGCCGAUUCCUUUCUCAGGCCAUCUUCAUAGCUAGGGUAUAGAUCAAAAAUGGAUUUUGACAGUUACAAACCAGGAGCAGAUUGACCAUCUACAUGAACCAUCAGGAC